AUGGCUACUUCUCAGCUUCAGUGUCUCGUAAGCCCAAUUAUGGGGGAUAUUGAGGAAAUGGUUGAUGUCAUCGCAGUGCCAGGGCUUGGAAAUGUCAAUGAGACAGACUGGCUGGGAUAUGUUCACCAGGGCAUCCCAGCAUGGCUACAAGGCUGUCCUAACGCAAGGAUUUCGUUGUUCACCUACGAUCUCGAUAAUAUGUUCAUUCAACAAGGAGUUCAGGUCGUUGCCGCCCAACUACUAGCCAGUGUCUCGAGGCUUGAAGCAGAAAUAAUUCCGGUUAGACAUGUUCCAGUCUUCGCCAAUCCAAAAGCUAAUACAGUCAGAGACGAAGCAUUAUUUUUGCCCUUGUCAUGUCCAACUCGAUUGAGUCUGAAUUCUCAACCAUUACUUCUUCAACAUGCUGUGUUAAGACUUAUAGAGGAAAGGGCGCACGUCAACAACAUUCCAACCACCCUCACCACAAGCCUAGCCAAUGUAACUGUCACUAUAAACCAGGAGUUUCUCAGUACUAAUCUACUGUUCGAUAUCUCAAUCAUCAAUAUUACGUCCUUAAAUGAUGACGAGAAGCUCAGAGUAUUCGACCCUUACGAAACUAGCAUGUCUAUUAGGUCUAAUGGAGAUGACUUCAGACGUCUCCAGGUUGGAUUGCCGUCCCCCCACUCCACUCUUGGAAAAGACGUACCUUCACUGGUGACAUCGUUCCUACCCUCUACCGUUGAUAGAGGAUAUCACCGUCACCCUGCCUUGAAGCUGCUGAUGUCCGAAGGUUUUUCAAAAACAUCUGAUGUUAGUCCUGUCUCUCGCCACCCGCUUCCCUCCUCAAUCUCGACUGCUAUCCUUCCGAGGACGCUGAGUAAAAGAUCGCUUUAUUUCGCUUUCCAUGAACCGAAUGAUGUCGCAGGACUCCUUUCAUCCAUUCGACAACACUUGAUUCAUGAAUCCUUUGAUAACCAAAUACAUCAAACAUUUGAGUUCAGGGACUGGGAUAUUCGUUGUAGCUCGGUGGAAUCCAUGCUCUGUACCUUCCUUGCUAGCCUCCCUCGAUGUGGACAUUGGCAAGGUAUUCUCGACGACUUUCAUGCGAAUGUCAUUGAAUCUCAUUCAUGGUCUUGCCAACUUUUACUCUCCACCUUCUAUGAUUAUUUCUCAGAAGCUUUACGCGAACAACCUAACUUGAGUAUCACAUGGAUCUUGGCAAACUUCGACACUCGAAUCACUUCAUAUCACUGGCUUUUAUCCAACUUGUGCGAGCUCCUCAGAAAUUCCGAGCUUCCAUUUACUCUCAUCAUUAUUAACAGCAACCCACCCGAUACAAUGCCAUUCAACGAUUGCUUUGAGAUCAUCGCCUUAGAUCCGGAUAUAACCAACGGGCUAUCCGAGGGAGAAAGUUCAGUCCAGCAAUCUGACAAUGCAAUACUUGAGACCUUGGAACUCAUAAGUGAGGCUCCGGGUCUGUAUCCCGUUCAAGAGUACUUGCUGCAUUUGGUACAGAGCUGGAACGAGACAUCAAGAAUUCGGAAACACUUUUUCGAAUGGUUUAGACUUCGAAAGAACCAAAUCUUGCCGCUCGAUGUGGAGCAACUUCUAAAUUAUUCUCAUGUGACAGAAGCCCAUCUUUUUCGACGCAUUUGGUUGCCGUCAAGAACUAUGAAAGUCCUGCGAGAACAGACAUUUUUGGCUGCCAGCCUACUUUGCCAUGCGUUACAUCCGCUCACUGUCCAACAACUUAUGGAAUUAGAGCAGAAUACAGAUUACGGGAUGAAGAUUGGCUACAAAAAAGAGGAUAGAGGUGUCGUCUCUCCGAGGACGCUACUUCUCCUUACUGGAGUGCUCGAUGUUUGCAACAACGAGGUCCAUUUUCGGGAUAUACGUUUUCGAGACUAUUUUGUUUCUGAAAUAGUGGCAAAUAAUGAAGACUCUAUCAUAUCUGCCGAUCAGUGGUCAAAACAGACUCAUUCUCAAUUGGCCAAAUGGUGUUUGCAGCGUAUUGGCCUCAGCACUACUCAAGAAUGGUCGAAAUUUCGAGCAGUCGAAGGAGACUCUAUAGAUCUCGUUUCUCACAGGAGCUUUCUGUCCUACGCGGUGAGGUACUGGAUAAGACAUGCCCAGAUGGCACACGAGAACGUGGAGGUUGAUUCCUUGAUACACUCGAUCCUUGAUGACAAAGAUCUACUGCAUGAAUGGACGAGGGCGUACUGGAGUUUAUUAAAUCCAGCGACACGAGGCAACCAAUCUGCUAUUACGCCGCUCGCAAUUUUUGCGGAACAUGAAGCCGAGUCGCUAUUCGAAGCUACAAUGACUAGCUAUGAGGAAGACCCUCGCUUUGAACACAUGAAGUUAAGGGCGCUAGAAAUAUGCGCUAGGAAAGAUAUCGAGCUAGAUGACUUAUUACUUUGGUGUUUUCCUUCACGAAACCAUCUUGUGGUACAGGAAGUUAUGGAAAUGGCUACGAAUCAAGCCAGCAGAUUCCGGAAUCCUUCGGCAAUUCUUACCUGGGCAGCCUACUACGGUUUCAGAGAUGUUGCCCAGAUGAUGAUCCCUCUCAUACCAAGAAGACAAGUUGCGGCCUCGGGCUUCAUGAUUGUCAAUUCGGCAUUGCAAGGUUCCAGAAUGGAUGAAGAUACUGGAUUGGAGAUCAUAUCGCUCCUUGUUGACUCGAAAUAUCCUCGAAUAGGGUCAUUGAGUCGAACGUUGGGCUUCUUCGCCCUCUACGAGGCCUGCAAAAUUGGCCUUCCAAGGAUCGCAGCAUUUCUCUCCAGAUCUAUCUUCCCUGACAAGCCCGAUGCGAGCCAAGGCCAGGCAGAGCGACCUCCAAUUUUUACCUUGGCUGUUGAGCAUGCUAUUCAAGCAACACAUGAUAAAACACUGAAGUCUUUACUUGAAUUUGGCCUUGAAAUGAAUUGGCUUGAUAUCCCGUGGCUCGGUCGCUUGAUCGAGUUCGCGCGGCCUAUGAAAGUGUGGCGAUGCUGCAAGACACUUAGCUCAUAUGCAAUCAUAUUAUCCGGUGAUUCUGAGAGUCUGAAGGCUUUUGCAGGCUCUUUACUACAUGAUGCUUUCGUCCAUGGCUCAUUAGCCGUUUUUCCAGAUUUGUUGGCUCUCUGGGGUGGUCUCAAGUCUUCAGAACUUUCAAGCUUGCUUGAGCCCGUCAUCCGCGCUGGAAAGGAUGCAGUUGAUAUUUUAAACUUUCUCCUUGACGAGGGCUCUACUCGAUGCGAUGAAGAAACUUAUCUUCAAGUUUUGAAACAUCAUCUUAAUGACGCAGUCAAUACUAAUAACACAGAAGUCGCUCGGAUCUUGCUCACAAAAGCAACAAUUGUCGACACCGAGAGACCAUCAGGGAAUGCCAUAGUAUUUCAUGCCGCAUUCAAUGGGUAUAAGGAUAUGGUUGACUUGUUGCUUGAGUCAAAAGCAAAUUUGAACGUCUAUGACAUAGAUGGCUGGUCUCCUGUCCAUGCUGCAUACGAUUAUCCGGACAUACUGGAGUCUCUUCUCAAGGCAGGUGCAGAUAGCGAUGUCAAAGCCAAGGAUGGAAGCACUGCAUUGCUUUUGACCUGCAAGUACUACCUACCGUCGGCCAAACUGCUUUUGGAGCAUGGGGCAAAGGCUUGUGCUUAUGUCGACAAUAUGACGGAGCUAUCCACUGCGGUAGCUUGGAGUAACGAGGAUAUUGCAUGCAUGUUGCUUGAAUAUGGUGCCAAUCCCCUGGAGUACUCCGCAAAAGAGCUUGACAGGCCAUUGCUUCAUGCUUGUGUAGGAAACAAUCUCCUUCGUCCUCUCAAGUUGCUUCUUCUUUACAACUUUUCCGUCGACGAGAAAGAUAAGGACGGAAACACGGCUUUCAAUAGCAUUACAAAUGCGACCGAUGUAACGGUGUUGAAAAUUUUGAAAAACCGCGGUGGAUCAAUUAAUAUAGCAAAUGAGGAAGGGCAAGUACCUCUCUCCAAAGCAAUCAGCUGGUCGAAUCAACCUGUUUUCCAGUGGCUUCUCGAGGAAGGUGCGGACGUCAAUAUCAAUAUCGGUAUACAAGGAUCCGUUCUUCAUAUGGCAUGUUUCGAGGGAAGUCUUGAGAUGGUGGAGCUGUUAUGCCAGAACAAAGCGAGCCUUUCUGUCGUCAAUCAUGCAAACAGCAGUCCACUACACGAAGCCCUACUUAGCUCCCACGACGACAAAGAGGAUAUUAUCGACUACCUAUUAAACAUGAAGGGGUUGGACGUCAACCAUAAUAGCGAUGUUUGGGGGGGCUGUUUAAACAUAGCCUGUCUUAACAACAAUAUCAACGUGGUUGAAGCUCUUUUAAAAGCAAAGGCGACCGUGGAUGCGAGAGACAAAAUUGGGAGGGCACCAAUACACUUCGCUCUAUACCGGACCACUGCUUAUAUCAAGGUUCUCCUUGAGGCGGGAGCCAGUCUCGAUGUUGUUGAUCACAUGAAACGAAACGCACUUCAUUUUGCAGUGGCCAGUGGACGGCUCGACGUUGUGACUUUUGUUCUGGAUGAAAACCGCGACUUCAUUCACAAGACAGAUAUCGAUGGUUGGUCACCUCUGAUGUGGGCUGUAAGGAUCUGCGGGAGAUGGGAUACGCAAGAGGACGAACGUGCGAAAAUUGUUACAGAGCUAAUCAGACUUGGUGCCAACACGCAAAUCUCUGGGGAAGGGCUUGAUCGAAAGUGGACGGCAUACCAGCUUGCUCACUAUUACGGUCACGGUCAAGACAUGAUCAACCUUUUGGAAUCCAGCGACGACAAACAACUUGACAACCCCAAAACGGCAAAACAACUCGAAGGAAGCUACUGCGAUGCAUGCUUGAUGCUUUACUAA